AUGAUAGAAUCAUCACCAAAAUACGAUUAAAAAUUUUUCUAGGAGAUAAGCUAUCCAAAAAUACACGUGAGUAUGAUAGAUUAGAAGCGUCUGAAUCCUUUAGAGAAAUAUAAAUAAACGAUCACUAGUUAGUAUUUUUUUGAAUAGAGGUUACAAUAUUCUAAAGAGGAUUACUGCAAAACUUAUUUUCUCUAAUAAGAUAAAGAAGAUUUCAUCACUAAAAAAGAAAAAAGGAAAUUGAAAUAAGCUGAAAUAAAAAAAAAAUUGAGUUAAAUGCCUUUUUAAUUUUGGAUAGUCUAUCUAAACUAAUGA